UCUUUCCCUCCAUUUCUGAUUUGUUUUCGUGCUCGAUUUUUUAUUUCGUCUGCUGGGUGGGGUUUUUACAUCCAAUUCUCUGUUCUCCAGUCGUAUUCAAGCUUGCGGGUUCUUAUUGGUGGCUUUGUAUUUUAGUGUUCUUGAAGAUGCUGCCUCUUUCUCUACUGAAGACAGCGCAAGGUCAUCCUAUGUUGGUAGAACUGAAGAAUGGGGAGACCUACAAUGGGCAUCUAGUGAAUUGCGACACUUGGAUGAACAUUCAUCUUCGGGAAGUCAUCUGUACCUCAAAGGAUGGGGACAGUUUUUGGCGAAUGCCAGAAUGUUACAUCCGUGGGAAUACAAUUAAGUAUCUUCGAGUUCCAGAUGAGGUAAUUGAUAAAGUUCAGGAAGAAACCAAGAGCCGAGCAGAUAGGAAGCCUCCUGGAGUUGGCCGUGGAAGGGGAAGAGGCAGGGAGGAUGGUGUUGGCGGGAGGCAGGUAAAAGGCAUUGGGCGUAGCCAAGAUGAUGGAGGUGCUAAAGGCAUGGGUGGAGGUCGAGGCAGGGGUGGGAGUGGUGCCAACAGAGGUGGAGGUCGUGGUCGUAGCUGAUACCAAGAGAAGCUUUGGAUGCUAAAAAAGUUUGGCACUUAUAAAGGUGUUCUGCUCCUUGCAUACUAACAAUUACCAAAAAAAUUAGUGGAUGUAAUAUCACUGCAUUGGCAGUUGGAGUUGGUUGAGAAGAAACACUUAUUCCGCAGGGCUAGAUUUUGCAAUUGAAGGUGGGAAAGG